AUGGUCACUGACAGCAGUGCGCCUGGCAAUGGCAUUACCGGGGGUUAUUCGGGCAACAGCCUAGGGAUCCAGAUCACGAUUGCGACGCUCGCCGGCAUCACUUGGUACAACGCCAUCGAGCUUAUCGCCCUUGUGUUUGUCACCUUUAGCCAAUAUCGGGGUCUAUACUUUUGGAGCUUACUAGUUUCCUCGUCGGUGGGACUCAUACCUUACUCGCUCGGUUUCCUGCUCAAAUUCUUCAAUCUCACCUCCGCAACGUGGCUCUCCGUCACCUUCAUCACCAUCGGCUGGUAUUGCAUGGUCACCGGGCAAUCAAUUGUCCUCUACUCGCGACUCCACCUCGUUCUCCCGAACCCUAAAAUUUUACGCCGCGUCCUGGCAAUGAUCAUCAUCAAUGUUGUCAUCCUCCACUUCCCCACCACCGUCCUCACCUACGGCUCCAACCUGGCAAGUGGACGAACCGGUUACAUCAACGGAUACAACGUGAUGGAGAAGAUACAAAUGACAGGCUUCUGCAUUCAAGAAUUCGUCCUCUCCGCGCUCUACAUCUGGGAAACAACCCGCAUGCUUCGCCUCGACCCAGACAAGGGCAAGCGCAAAAUCAUGUACCAGCUCGUCGCAAUCAACCUGAUCAUCAUCCUCAUGGACAUCGGCCUCCUCGUCGUCGAAUACAUGGACUAUUACAUCAUGGAAACAAUGAUCAAGGGCGUCGUCUACAGCGUCAAGCUCAAGCUCGAGUUCGCCGUUCUCGGUAAACUUGUCUACAUCGUCCGCUCGCACAUCUGGAAGCAGGAAUCCACCAACGGAGGGCCCACAACCGAUUUCCCGGACUUUGUCGAUGCGACCCGUGUUACGUCGGAUCUUACGCAUGCGACGCCAACGGUGCGCCAGCGCUCGCAUCCGUGGAUGGACUCGGAUGAUGUGGGGAUUGCCAUGUUCGAGCACUCGGGUUUGCCUAGGGGUUCGGAGACCGGUCACUCGGAUAUCUCGCGUGCGCUGAGCGGCGAGACGCAGACGAAUAACCCACCUUGUUCGGAGAGGGACUUUACGGACUCGCCGCAUCGACUUCCGCCGUUGCAACUUAAGGAUUCUGGGUGCGACGCGUGA